AGAAGUUGUGUGUCAGUGAACAGAGAGGCUCUCAGUCUGGGGCAAGCGCUCUAGUGAGCGCGGAUGGAUGCUUAGGCAGUAGUCCUGGCAGCAGCAGAGGCGGCAGUAGUGGUGGCAGAAGAGGGCAAAGGAGAGGGCCCAGAGGGCUGCACACGCUCACACUUUCAAGUUCCCUUGGAAGGAGAGGAGUUGGGGCUGCAGAAAGAAAAGGCCAGGAGCGGUCCCAUCUGUCCCGUCCUGUCUCCCCCUCUUCCUCUCUGCCCCCUGGCUCCUUGAGAGUGGAGGGUUCGGGUGGUCGUACGUGGCAGUGAGGGCAAGAGGGCCAGGAGAGUGGGGAGCAGAACCAGGGUGCGGGAGAAGAUGCCCAUCCUGCUGUUCCUCAUAGACACGUCCGCCUCCAUGAACCAGCGCACUGACCUGGGCACCUCCUAUUUGGACAUUGCCAAAGGCGCUGUGGAGUUAUUCUUGAAGCUGCGCGCCCGGGACCCAGCCAGUCGCGGAGACAGGUACAUGCUGGUCACCUACGAUGAACCUCCGUACUGCAUCAAGGCUGGUUGGAAGGAAAAUCACGCAACAUUCAUGAGCGAACUAAAAAAUCUUCAGGCUUCUGGACUGACUACUCUUGGUCAGGCUCUAAGAUCCUCAUUUGAUUUGUUAAAUCUCAAUAGAUUAAUAUCUGGAAUAGACAAUUAUGGACAGGGGAGAAAUCCAUUUUUUUUAGAACCGUCUAUUUUAAUUACCAUCACAGAUGGAAACAAGUUAACAAGUACUGCUAGCGUUCAAGAAGAGCUUCAUCUUCCUUUGAAUUCUCCUCUGCCUGGAAGUGAACUAACCAAAGAACCUUUUCGUUGGGAUCAAAGGUUAUUUGCCCUGGUGUUGCGUUUGCCUGGAGUGGCUUCUACUGAACCAGAGCAACUAGGGAGUGUACCAACUGAUCAGUCAGCCAUCACACAGAUGUGUGAAGUCACAGGAGGUCGCUCCUACUGUGUUAGAACACAAAGAAUGUUGAAUCAAUGUUUAGAAUCUCUAGUACAAAAAGUUCAGAGUGGUGUCGUUAUUAAUUUUGAAAAAACAGGACCAGAUCCACUACCUGUCGGAGAAGAUGGACUUAUGGAUUCAUCUAGGCCAAGCAAUUCAUUUGCUCCUCAACCGUGGCAUAGUUGUCAUAAACUUAUUUAUGUACGACCUAACUCUAAAACAGGUGUUCCUGUUGGACAUUGGCCAAUUCCAGAAUCUUUUUGGCCAGAACAGAAUUUACCUUCACUACCUCCACGAACAUCUCAUCCUGUUGUGAGGUUCUCUUGUGUAGAUUGUGAACCAAUGGUAAUAGACAAACUGCCCUUUGACAAAUAUGAACUUGAACCUUCUCCCUUAACUCAGUACAUCUUGGAAAGGAAGUCUCCCCAUACCUGCUGGCAGGUAUUUGUUACUAGUAGUGGAAAAUACAAUGAACUUGGAUAUCCAUUUGGUUAUUUAAAAGCCAGUACGACUUUAACUUGUGUAAACCUCUUUGUGAUGCCUUACAACUACCCAGUUUUACUUCCUCUUUUAGAUGACUUGUUUAAAGUUCACAAGCUUAAGCCAAAUCUGAAGUGGCGACAGGCUUUUGACAGCUACUUAAAAACCCUGCCUCCAUACUACUUAUUAACUAAACUAGAGUCAGAGCGGAUACUAGCAUCAGUGGGGAAGAAACCACCCCAGGAAACUGGUAUCAAAGUGAAAAAUCAUUCUGGAGGUGGCGUGCCCAUGGCUCACCAUAAAAAUUUUAGAAAACUAUUGAAAGAAAUCACAGGGGAAACUGUACUGAGACUGACAGAAUUGAAUCCCAAAGAAUUUGCUGGCUUCCAAGUAGGGCUCUUAAACAAGGAUUUGAAACCUCAGACAUACAGAAAUGCUUAUGACAUUCCACGUAGAUGUCUUUUAGACCAGUUGACCAGAAUGAGAUCCAAUCUACUGAAAACACACAAGUUUAUUGUUGGACAAGAUGAAGAUUCCCUUCAUAGUGUUCCUGUUGCACAAAUGGGUAACUAUCAGGAAUAUCUAAAGACAUUGGCUUCUCCACUACGAGAGAUUGAUCCAGAUCAACCAAAAAGACUGCAUACUUUUGGCAAUCCAUUUAAACAAGAUAAGAAGGGAAUGAUGAUUGAUGAAGCAGAUGAAUUUGUAGCAGGGCCACAAAACAAAGUGAAACGUCCUGGGGAACCCAACAGUCCUUUGUCAUCUAAGAGAAGGCGGAGUAUGUCCCUGCUGUUGAGGAAACCACAAACACCGCCUACUGUAACUAACCAUGUGGACAGAAAGGGACCACUCUCAGCCUCGUGGUUCCCAUCUUGUCCAAACCUCAUAAAACCCACCCUUGUACAUCCAGAUGUCCCUGUCACUCAUGAUGUCCAUGAGGAGAAGAUGGAAAAUGAGCAAAGCCCACCUGAUGGCUUCUUGUCAAACUGUGCUCCAACAGAGCUUAUGAAUGUGACAGGAGAUGGUAUUCCACCCAACCAAUUGGAUUCUCUGUCUGAUGACUUCACUGGUCUUAGGAAAGAUGGGCUGAUUCACAAACCUGGUAAUAAUGCACUUAUAGAAGGAGCCAAAAGCUGCAAUCUCUCUGUAGAUGACCAAAAACUCGCAGUAACAUCUACUUUAGAAACUGUGCCAAAUUCAUUGCAAAUCACUCCAGCGAUGGCACAAGGAAUCAAUGCUGAUAUAAAACAUCAAUUAAUGAAGGAAGUUCGAAAGUUUGGACGAAAAUAUGAACGAAUUUUCAUCUUGCUUGAAGAAGUGCAAGGGCCCCUGGAGAUGAAGAAGCAGUUUGUUGAAUUCACCAUCAAGGAAGCUUCAAGGUUUAAAAGACGAGUCUUAAUUCAGUACCUUGAGAAUGUACUAGAAAAAAUAGAUUCCCAUCACCUUCUCAAUAAUGUUAACCACAUCAACAGCAGAUCAUCAUGUUAAUGAAAACACCAGUACAAAAAAGGACAAGUUUUCUGUGCUAUAGGAUGGAACAGGAUAUUGUUGAAGCCUGUAGCCUUCCAGAGGCUAAGAAAAAGCACUAGAGCUUUUUAUUUUGUGAUUAUCUAGCAGUAAAAGUUGGGCUUUUACCUUAAGAAUUGUUGAAAGUAUUAACUUUUUGUUUUGCUGUUUCUUUUCCAAAUUGAGAAAAGAGAUGUUGUUAAUUCAACAGGCUGAAAUUCAUAAGACACUGUUGCCCCUACCAUAAGUAAUAAGGGUUCACUCAUUUGGACUUCGCCAUUUUAGGCAUUUUCAGAGUGAUUGGGGCCACCCGCAAGUGGAGCACUAUUUGGUUUUCUUAUUACGUCCUUUAGAAAGAGUAAGCGUAUAGAAUUGAAGUGGUAAACUUACGUGCUGAGCAAAGUUUUCAUUAAUUCCUGGUUGUGCCUUUUAAACCAUGUAAUGUUCAGGAGUAAAAAGCUGCUAUUUGGGUAACUUAUUUCUCUCUGGGAGGGGCAAGAAGAGUCACCAAACAAAUCUACCUCCAACUCUCUGCCCUCUUGUCUAGAGACAUUACAAAGGGCACCUGAGUCUGUGCUAACCUCUGACAUUUGUUCUUGCAUAUGACAACAGACAGUCUUCAGGUGGACUUGUACAUUCUGUGCUUUGGAAGCACUAAAGAAAAAAUAAUGUAUAUAUUUCUUUUAAUGUUUAUACAAAAGUUUAUAUGGAGCAGUAUUGUUAUGUUUGUAUUACUUUGUAAAAAUAUAAGUGUUUAAAGAGAUUUUGA